AUGACAGCGGAGCUGCAGGCCAUCCUGAUAGCACUACAGUACCUGGAAGAAAACGAUAUUGAGAAUGCGGUUAUUCUAACUGACUCAAAGUCGGGUAGCGAACUCGUCAGUAGUCAACUGGAAGAGACAGAAAGAGACGAGAUCAUACAAGCAAUCAUAGAGAAAGCAGCCUCACAAAAUACUUGCAUACAGUGGAUCCCAGGACACGUUGGACUGGAGGGCAAUGAGAUCGCCGACAGUCUGGCCAAGGCGGGACUCCACGCUAACGAAACCAUUCAAAAUAGGAUUCUACCUCACGACGCCUACAACUCGAUCAAACAAGCCAUUUCUACAGAAGUCCAACAGUGGUACGUGAACUACACCCAAGAGUACGGUAAAGGAAGAAAAUUCUUUAAGAUUCAAACCACAAUCAACACCAAAUCGUGGUUUCACAACCUACCAUUCACCAACACCGAAACAAGGACCCUCAACCGACUGCUAGCGGGUCAUGACUACUCGCCUUUCUGGCUGAGCAAGAUGAUGGUCAAAGACGAGAUGUUCUGCGAUUUGUGCGACUGCCUCAACACUUCGGAGCACAUAAUUUUCCAAUGUGUGAAACACCGUAUGACGACAAGAACGUAG